AUGGCAGAUCCAAACGUGGAACUGCGUGAAACCUUUUCAUAUGUUGAGCGAUGCCUUCGUGCUUGGGAACUCAGUCGUUUCUUGAGAAAACUUGGCAUCAAUGGUGAGAGCCUGGUUAUGGGAGAAGAUACCAAUGAUGUAAUCCCUCCUACUUUGCCGAACAUCAAAGCAAACUAUGCCUUGUUGAAGGGGUUCACCCAGCACAUGGCUAACACAGGGGUUAUCAUCACCAAGCUGAUCGGCUACAUCCAGCCUCCAGUGGUCAAGUUUUACGAGCUGAUGGAAAUUGAUGUUACAACAUGUGAUGCCAAAGCUGUCAUUUAUGCCACAAGUUUCAUCAUCAAGAAGAUGCUUCAUGUUGUCCGACGGAAGUGGGCAAGGCACAUGACAAAGCUCAUCAAGACACUAGCAGAAGAGGAAUCUUGGAAGGAGGUGGAGGCUUUGGCCGAAGCCGAUGAUGAAAAGGCAUCGGCUCAAGCUGUCCCAGAGCCGCCUUUGCCAGCUCAACCCGUCCCUUCCAUGGAAAGUUCGAACAUGACCAAGUCUUCAGGUCACGAUUCUGAUGUGCAGGUGGUGGAAUGGUGGAAGGUGACUCCCAGGAACAGAUCCUGUCCUGAGACCACGCCCUCACAGCCAAAGGUGCCUGCUGAAGCUGCAGCUCCUGCGACCAAGGGUGGCUAUGGAAGGAUUGGUCUUUGUUUUGACACCCCUUUGCAAGCCAAGCUAUGUACUUCUACGGGCUCAGCCGCUGAAACUGCGGAGACUAUGCCAAUGGAGGUGGAGGACAAUUUGGCGAAUCACGGUUCUGAUCUCAUGCGAGAGAUGGAACUUGAGAAGGCCAAAGAGUUGAAAAGCUUACCCAAGGCUCCUUCGAGUCCGCUCCCAGGGCCUCUUCUGCCUUCACCUUCCCACCUGCCGGAUGGGGCUGGUGAAGCUGGUGCAGGGGAUGAUGGUCGUGAUACGGAUCAGCCGGCAAUCCUUCAUGUUGCAACCAUGAGCCGAAUUGAGAUGAACAAAGUCAAGAGGAUAGUCCAACCAAAACCGAACUCUGGGAAGUUGGAAGUUCCAAAGGACAUCAUGAACAUGUGGAAUACUGCGAAGGGCAAGGAACAGCUGUUCAAAAUGUGGGCCAAGAGCGGAGGUGUCAAGGCAGUCUUCUUGGAGAAGGUGGAGAUUCUCAGCGUCACCACCAAACGCAAGAAGAUUGAGGUCACUGGUGGCUUCUACUCAGAAGAGGACAUGAAAACGGAAUUGGGUUACAAAGAGAUUUCUGGCUGCAUGGACCGCAUCGAGAAGAUCAAGAAGCUGGCCAUCGCCAAGAAGCUUGUCAGGGUGUGCGAAUAUGAUGCUGAUGAGCUCGAGUACUGGGUGAAUGUGAGAACCACUGGAACUCUCUCCCGCGAAGACCUUGAGACCCUUUCAAGAACACGUGUUCAUGAGGGCGAGGCCCCGGCUGACAGCAUGGAUAUGGAUGAGAUGGACAUGGGCCCAGGUGCCUUUGAAACUUUUGGGAAAGGGGAUAUGCCUGUCGAGGGGGAUGCCACAAUGAAUGCCCAAUCGAAGCUGGGCAUGUACAUGAAGAAUGCUUUGAAGAGUAUAUAA